AUGCCUGCAGCCGCCACUAUCACUCCCUCCUCCGCCUAUGUCAACGCAGCGGCGACUCAUCAGCUCGUCGCCUGUCACUCAAUCCCUGGCCUGCCCUCCGCCUCUGCCUCCCUUUCAGCUGCAGCCGCCACUAUCUCUCCCUCCUCCGCCUAUGUCAACGCAGCGGCGACUCAUCAGCUCGCCGCCUCUCAGUCAUUCCCUGGCCUGCCCUCCGCCUCUGCCUCCCUUUCACCUGCAGCCCCCACUAUCACUCCCUCCUACGCCUAUGUCAACACAGCGGCGACUCAUCAGCUCGCCGCCUCUCACUCAAACCCUGGCCUGCCCUCCGCCUCUGCCUCCCUUUCAGCUGCAGCCGCCACUAUCUCUCCCUCCUCCGCCUAUGUCGACGCAGCGGCGACUCAUCAGCUCGCCGCCUCUCAGUCAUUCCCUGGCCUGCCCUCCGCCUCUGCCUCCCUUUCAGCUGCAGGCGCCAAUAUCACUCCCUCCUCCGCCUAUGUCAACACAGCGGCGACUCAUCAGCUCGCCGCCUCUCACUCAAACCCUGGCCUGCCCUCCGCCUCUGCCUCCCUUUCAGCUGCAGCCGCCACUAUCUCUCCCUCCUCCGCCUAUGUCGACGCAGCGGCGACUCAUCAGCUCGCCGCCUCUCACUCAAUCCCUGGCCUGACCUCCGCCUCUGCCUCCCCUUCAGCUGCACCCGCCACUAUCACUCCCUCCUCCAGAGAUUUCAACGCAGCGGCGGCGACUCAUCAGCUUGCUACCCGGAUCUCUCCCUCCGCUGCCUAUGUGCACGUCUCGGUUCCUGGCCAGUCCAGGCCCGCAGUUGCACCUGGAUCGACCUCCCUGACACCUGCUCCCAGUGCACUCUCACCCUCGCCCUCCUAUAUCAAUCCUGGGUUGCACCCAACCAACUCAGGUCAGCCUGGCUCCGGCCUCAUCCCACCAGCCUCUGCACCCCCUGCUGCCGCAGUGGCGCCCCCUACUACACAAUUGCAGCCGUCUGGACUCCCAUGGGCACUCCGUGCGCGCAAACAGAAGUCCGCUCUCCCAGACCCUGGACCAUCACAUGUGGAGGCCGGGUCGGAUGAAGACUCCGACGAUGAUGACUCCUUGGAGAAUCAUUAUGAGCAUGAUGGUGAACAGCGGCCUGCUGCAACCAGGGUUUCGCGAGCCGCUUUUGAGGCCGCGCAAGCGCAAAUCCGACAACAGGCGCGACGCAUAGCUGAGUUGGAGAAUCAGCAACCUCAGCAAAAAGGCCCUCAUACUGGCAGUCACGCCAUGGUUAUGCGCCAGGCCAAUAUGCCCAGCCCUUCCCAACAGUUGCCGGUUGCACCCCAGCUUGCUCCUUCAACCACUCGACCUUGCACCCAGCCAAAUGCAACACCGACCCUGAUUUCCUCACCAGUGGUGUGGCCACGAACGCAGGCCGCUUUUAGCCGUGCUGUGGCAAAGGCACACAUCAGACGACAGGCCAUCGACUGCUCUGCAAUGUCGCCACGGCAACACGGGUGGUACAAUAACGUCAUCACGGCGUUAGAUGCUUUCCCGGAUGUGAACGGGGACCUUAAGGACCACGUGGAUGAGGCUCUUGAUAUCAUGUUUUUUGACACCCCAGUCACUGAUUUCACAAUGUGGCCUAGUACCGAACGCCUAGAGGCGGCCCUGCGCAAGGCCCUAGGCCUCAAUGAGCCGGAAGAGCAUUUUAUAGUGCGUAUGGUUCUGAAAGCUGACAAGUACAGGAACGGCUACAUUCGUGACAUGAUUCAAGCGUAUCGCAACGACGCAUUGACGGAUGGGCGCAAUUGGGUGUACGACGACUUCGACUUGUACGUGCGACGGCCAAGGCUCGGUGGGAAGAAAGUAGGCACCCUCACGACAGUGCUGUUCUUGGACCAGUACGUUGAAAUGUACCCUCUUUCCCUCCCUGUUUUCCCCUCCCCACCCCAGCAGCAAGCAAGGCCAGCCAAGGCAGAGCCCAACAGUCCCCAGUGUACCCUCUUUCCCUCCCUGUUUUCCCCUCCCCACCCCAGCAGCAAGAAAGGCCAGCCAAGGCAGAGCCCAACAGUCCCCAGUGUACCCUCUUUCCCUCCCUGUUUUCCCCUCCCCACCCCAGCAGCAAGCAAGGCCAGCCAAGGCAGAGCCCAACAGUCCCCAGUGUACCCUCUUUCCCUCCCUGGUUUCCCCUCCCCACCCCAGCAGCAAGCAAGGCCAGCCAAGGCAGAGCCCAACAGUCCCCAGUGUACCCUCUUUCCCUCCCUGGUUUCCCCUCCCCACCCCAGCAGCAAGCAAGGCCAGCCAAGGCAGAGCCCAACAGUCCCCAGUGUACCCUCUUUCCCUCCCUGUUUUCCCCUCCCCACCCCAGCAGCAAGCAAGGCCAGCCAAGGCAGAGCCCAACAGUCCCCAGUGUACCCUCUUUCCCUCCCUGUUUUCCCCUCCCCACCCCAGCAGCAAGCAAGGCCAGCCAAGGCAGAGCCCAACAGUCCCCAGUGUACCCUCUUUCCCUCCCUGGUUUCCCCUCCCCACCCCAGCAGCAAGCAAGGCCAGCCAAGGCAGAGCCCAACAGUCCCCAGUGUACCCUCUUUCCCUCCCUGUUUUCCCCUCCCCACCCCAGCAGCAAGCAAGGCCAGCCAAGGCAGAGCCCAACAGUCCCCAGUGUACCCUCUUUCCCUCCCUGGUUUCCCCUCCCCACCCCAGCAGCAAGCAAGGCCAGCCAAGGCAGAGCCCAACAGUCCCCAGUGUACCCUCUUUCCCUCCCUCUUUUCCCCUCCCCACCCCAGCAGCAAGCAAGGCCAGCCAAGGCAGAGCCCAACAGUCCCCAGUGUACCCUCUUUCCCUCCCUGGUUUCCCCUCCCCACCCCAGCAGCAAGCAAGGCCAGCCAAGGCAGAGCCCAACAGUCCCCAGUGUACCCUCUUUCCCUCCCUGUUUUCCCCUCCCCACCCCAGCAGCAAGCAAGGCCAGCCAAGGCAGAGCCCAACAGUCCCCAGUGUACCCUCUUUCCCUCCCUCUUUUCCCCUCCCCACCCCAGCAGCAAGAAAGGCCAGCCAAGGCAGAGCCCAACAGUCCCCAGUGUACCCUCUUUCCCUCCCUGGUUUCCCCUCCCCACCCCAGCAGCAAGCAAGGCCAGCCAAGGCAGAGCCCAACAGUCCCCAGUGUACCCUCUUUCCCUCCCUGGUUUCCCCUCCCCACCCCAGCAGCAAGCAAUGCCAGCCAAGGCAGAGCCCAACAGUCCCCAGUGUACCCUCUUUCCCUCCCUGUUUUCCCCUCCCCACCCCAGCAGCAAGCAAUGCCAGCCAAGGCAGAGCCCAACAGUCCCCAGUGUACCCUCUUUCCCUCCCUCUUUUCCCCUCCCCACCCCAGCAGCAAGCAAGGCCAGCCAAGGCAGAGCCCAACAGUCCCCAGUGUACCCUCUUUCCCUCCCUGGUUUCCCCUCCCCACCCCAGCAGCAAGCAAGGCCAGCCAAGGCAGAGCCCAACAGUCCCCAGUGUACCCUCUUUCCCUCCCUGUUUUCCCCUCCCUACCCCAGCAGCAAGCAAUGCCAGCCAAGGCAGAGCCCAACAGUCCCCAGUGUACCCUCUUUCCCUCCCUCUUUUCCCCUCCCCACCCCAGCAGCAAGCAAGGCCAGCCAAGGCAGAGCCCAACAGUCCCCAGUGUACCCUCUUUCCCUCCCUGGUUUCCCCUCCCCACCCCAGCAGCAAGCAAAGCCAGCCAAGGCAGAGCCCAACAGUCCCCAGUGUACCCUCUUUCCCUCCCUGGUUUCCCCUCCCCACCCCAGCAGCAAGCAAAACCAGCCAAGGGAGAGCCCAACAGUCCCCAGUGUACCCUCUUUCCCUCCCUGUUUUCCCCUCCCCACCCCAGCAGCAAGCAAAGUCAGCCAAGGCAGAGCCCAACAGUCCCCAGUGUACCCUCUUUCCCUCCCUGUUUUCCCCUCCCCACCCCAGCAGCAAGCAAGGCCAGGAUAG